GCCAGUAGCAGGUAUCUGUCCAAACUGGCUAACAUCAUGUUUAAUUUAUAAGUAAUCUUACACAGUAUAGGCCUAUUAUUUAUUUAAUGGAACGCAAAUGCUGAUAAACAUUUUACUUGCUGGUCAUCGCAUUAUCAACUAUUGCUGUAUAUAUUGUACUACUGCUGAACGAGUAUAUACAAUAGAAUAAUAUCCUAUCUAACGAUUAAGAAUCUCCAAUUGAGAUAUAUGUCGAUGUCACGAGUUGUUAAACCGUUUCAAGCAAUACCUGGACCUAAACGUUGGCCUAUUUUAGGACAUUUUCAUCUAUUCAGUCCAUGGGGGCCAUAUUCAUUUGAGAAAAUAAUGGAUGCUUUCCAGGAUCUAUGGAAAAAGUAUGGAUCUAUAGUACGACUAGACUUGGGAACACCUUUAAUUGUUUUAUUCGAUCCGAACGACAUACAGGAACUAUAUAUAAGAAACGGAUCUUUUCCUCAUAGGCCAGUUUUUGAAGCAUUAAAGUAUUACAGAACAUCUAAACCUCACAUGUAUAAAUCUAGCGGUAUUGUGGUAGAAAAUGGAGAAGAAUGGUGGAGAUUACGUCGUCAAGUCAAUUGGAUGCUUCUUUCUGAAGUAGUCCAAUUUACUUUUCCAAAAACCGUGAAUUUGGCCGAUGAUUUUGUAAAAAGGGUGAGAUUAAUUCGUGACGAUAAAAAUGAAAUUGGAAACUUUUUGAAGGAAAUCUACAGAUUCACUCUCGAAGCAUCUGCCCUAGUAUGCUUUGGUAAACGUUUUAGUAAUUUCGACGAAAAGGCAGAAGAUGAUAUACUAACUGCAACUGAAGACACAUUGGAAAGCAUGGGCAAGACAUUAUUGGAACCACCAUUGUGGAAAUUAAUCAAAACGCCAAUUUAUAGGAAACUGGAAGAGUCGCAAGAUUUUUUCUAUAGAACUUCCAAACAGAUAGUUGAAACUUUUAAAACGACGAUAAAUCAAUCAACAGAAAAACAUUGUUUCUUACUAAAUAAAUUGAUAAAUAAUCAAAAUCUCGACAAUGCAGAUGUUAUUCUAUUACUGAUGGAGAUAUUUUCAGCUGGGGUAGAUGCUACAGGUAUCACUCUGGCUUAUCUUUUGUAUAACUUAGCAAAGAAUCCAGAUAAACAAGAUAUUCUAUACGAAGAAAUAAAAAAUUUCGAUGAUUCUCCAAACGAAUUACAGAAAUAUAUUUAUUUAAAAGCUUGCAUUAAGGAAAGUAUGAGACUACUUCCAACGACUGGUGGCACCGCAAGAAUCUUAACAGAUGAUCUUAUUUUAAGAGGUUAUCGUGUACCACGAGGAACUACAUGCUUUGGAAUGCAUCCAUUAAUUGGAAAGAGCUCUGAAUACUUCUUGAAAGCAUCAGAUUUUGUUCCAGAAAGAUGGAUUCGAGAAAAUGGAAUGCUGGAAGAAAAAAUCCACCCAUAUGCUAUUCUUCCUUUUGGACAUGGACGAAGGCGAUGUGUGGGGCAAAGAAUCGCAGAACAAGAAAUGCAAAUUUUCAUUACUAAAAUGUUGAAGAAUUUCCGUGUGCAGUUUCCAAAUGAAGAUAUAAAUUGCGUAAUGAGAUUGCAACUUGUUCCCGAUCGACCAUUAUUAUUUCGAUUUAUUGAUCGAUCGUAAUCAAUAAAGAUUUUUUAAAGCACAGCAUUAAUUUUAAUUUUGGAUAUAUGAGUACUAAGGUUUGGCUCUAUAGAGGACUUAUCACACUAUUGACGUUUGUCAGAGUAAUCAAACAGUAACAGGUGAACAGAGUUUUAUUAUAACUACCGUAUGCAUUUCGGGCAGUCUUAUUAUCUGUGCUCGUUACACUUUGGUGGGUUUACAGGACUAAAAUACAAACGGUAUUACGUUACAAAACAAUGAUUAAUGAUUAAAAUAGUUUAAAAGUACAAUUUAUACAUACUUAAAUGGUACAUUAUAUUUGUUGCCAAAAUGUGGAUAUCUUUAUUAUUGGUUUUUACAGACGUUUUUUAUUUACAUUACAAAUAGUAACAGAGAUUAUACAUGUUGUUUAAUGAAUUCAUUGUGAAACAAAUGAAUACAAAGUUAUAGACCUAAGCAAGGUUUAGUUACAAAUGUAAAAAUUGUUUAAUUUUUAAAAAAGGUAUACACGUAUGUAAACCUUACACACGUUAAACGGUAUAAAUACAUUUACAGUCUAUCAGCUCGUAAUACCGCUUGUAUUUUAGUCCUGUAAAGUGUAAACCCACCAAAUUGUAACGAGCACAGAUGAUAGACUAUCCGAAAUGCGUACCGUAGUUAUAAUAAAACUCUGUUCACCUGUUACUGUUUGAUUACUCUGACAAACAUUAAUAGUGUGAUAAGUCUCCCAUAGAGCCAAAUCUUAACACUGGUGAAAAAUCGAGUGUAAAAUCUCUCGCCCAAAUUAUUCUUAUCACGUGACCUACUUACGUUUCUCUUGGAUUGCAGUGGGGUCCUGCUUUAGUACUCAUAUAUCCAAAAUCGUAAUACUGUAUAAGGACAAAAAGCAAAACACCAAUAAAUUUUAAUAUUCAAAUAGUAAUUUUUUUUAUUAGAUUAUUGUAUCAAUAUAUUUGUAGCUAUCAAUUUCGAUUUUCUGAAUUGCCUAAUUAUCAUGUAUCUGAAAUCUAUUUAAUAAAUUAAAUUAAAUUAAAAAUUAAAUAAUGAGUAGUUGAUUCAUACUUUUUCCAAACAAUUAUAAUUAAUUCAUCAUAU